CCAUGUUUAAGACACGUGUUUGGCCAUUUAUUUCCGAAGCCGGAGAAAAAUAAAAAAGCAAGCUCUUCCGACUAGGGCUGAAACGAAAUCCCUGGUCUACUUGUAUUGAUAAACACGGCCUCUAGUGGAUUUAAAUGGUAUUUCAUUUCGUGUUGUGUUUUGUAGGCCAUCAAAACCUUCAUCUUUAAAUUGAGAAGAAUUAUGAAAUACUCUGCAGGUCACACAUUUUACUAAAUAACUGACCAAUUGAGCCAAUGUAUGCAAAGCAGUGGUCUACAAGAGGUUUGGCCCAUUCCUAUGGUCUAGUCUAAAAAGACCGAUCAACGAAAUUAGUCAUUUAUAAAUGGUGUUAAGCCCUUUUCCCUCAAAUGUAGGUAUCACUGGUUAGACGGGUGUGGGUUUUCCCGAAACCUUGAAUGGCUAAUUGAUGACCAAGUAAACUACGAUGUCGCUACGACCACAAUACAUUCGGGCUAAUGUAUUUUCUGGUCAAUUUGAGGUCUACAGCCCCGGACGCCCAGGCCUAACGACGCCACUGUUGAUUACCUUGCUCCGAAAGGUCGGUGGGCUUCGGGGCAGCGACGGCCGUUAUAACGUCUUUGGAUACCUAGGCCUAUAUAGAAUGGAUGCGGCGGGAAGCACAGACCCCGAAAAUAACUGGAAUCAAGAUAAUUCUUUCCCAUCCGACUCUAACGAAUCGGAAUACGAUUUCUUCACAAAUCUAAAAUUGCUGGACGAAGACCAUGAAUGGAUAGAAUCAGACGAAGACGUGGUCCUCUGCAGGAGCUGCUCUGCCCAUGCUCCGUCAUCUAACACUGGUCUCUGCAACCCCACGGCGCACCACCAGAACGACGAGUUCAAAAGUUUCCUUGAGAAAAGGGGGACCAGCAAGGAACUAGAGGCGAUCGUUUCAAAUGUCCUGCAGAAACUUCUCCAGGACAGGAAAACCGACGGGAGCUCGAUGUUUAUCAUCCCUAAACAUGACAAUAAGUCUGCCCGUGAAGAAGAAAAGCCACUAAUCGUGGACAAGGCAACACCCGUAUCUCAACUAAAUGUAAUGACUAAUGAAUUUUUCACGGCUAACGCCUGUCCAUCACCUUUACUCGAGGACGCGUUCCCUAUGAUCCACGGGCUUCACCCAGACUCCUCGGACUAUCAAAGUACCGGAAACACUGCUGAGAUUCAUGAGAGACCUGCUUUGAGGAUGGAGCAGCAGGAGCGGCUGAAUAAGUUAGUCUUUGACACCCAUUCGGGUGCAAAUGAAGAAUACCUUAACCCUAAACGUAUAAACAAAAAGAAACUUGGCCAGAGUGUCAGGUGUAAGGGCUGGUAUCCUCCAAUGAACAAAGGCUCUGGUCCAACAUCUCUGAGCGAGAUCCUGCAGGCUGCCCUGUCCAGCCUCAACAGGCAGAUCGAAAUGGAAAUAUACCUCUCCCAGCAACUAGGCAUAAUUGUCACCCCUGCCUCUCUGCACCGAGAUAGGUUAGCACAGAAAUAAGACUUUCAGAUUUUGGGGCGUGAAAUAAAAAAGUGCUUGAGAUGUCAAA